CGCGGCACCAAGUACAUGUGCAAGGAGGGCGGCUGCGGCGCCUGCAUUGUUACCGUGAGAGCACCCGAUGAACACGGAUUGCCACGCACCAUCUCCGUUAAUUCUUGCCUCGUAUCUAUCACAUCAUGUCAGGAUUGGGAGGUGACAACUAUAGAGGGUAUAGGAGACAGAGGACGCGGUUACCAUCCAAUACAGAGGACUUUAGCCGAGUACGACGGCACUCAGUGUGGAUACUGCUCCCCAGGAUGGGUUAUGAGUAUGUACAGCUUAUUGGAAUCCAGUCACCACAAUUUAACACAACAUGAAAUAGAGAAUUCAUUUGGAAGCAAUACCUGCCGAUGUACCGGUUAUAGACCUAUAUUAGAAGCAUUCAAAAGCUUCGCAAAAGACGCGCCAAAACCUAAAUUAGACGAUAUAGAAGAUUUAAAACUCUGUAAAAAUAAAGAUAAGUGUGACCAUUCAUGUGAUAAGAGUUGGUGUUAUGUGAACGCAAAUGAUACAGAUAAUAAUACAAUAAAAAGAAUAAAUUUAAAAGAUGAUCGAAUUUGGUAUAGGAUUUCGCAAGUACAAGAUAUAUUCGAUAUCUUAGACAAUGAAGGACAAGAGUCUUACAUGUUGGUAAACGGAAACACGGGCAGAGGUGUUACUCCAAUAUUCUCAUUUCCAAGAGUACUUAUAGAUAUCAGUUCUGUGCGAGAGUUAAAAGGUCACUAUAUUGAUCAGAAUUUAAUUAUCGGAGCAGGCACGACUCUGACAGAUAUGAUGGACAUUUUUAAAACAGUAUCGCAUCAACGAGAGGAGUUUGCCUAUUUGUAUAAACUAUAUGAACAUUUAGAUCUGGUGGCCCAUAUUCCUGUCAGAAACAUUGGUACAAUUGCUGGUAAUUUGAUGAUCAAACAUAAAAAGCCAACAUUUUCAUCAGAUGUUUUCUUGUUGUUAGAGACAAUAGGAGCUAAUCUCACUAUAGUGGAGAAAACUACAGUUGAUAAUGUAACGGUGAAAGAUUUUUUAUCUUUGGAUAUGACUGGAAAAGUUAUAAAAUCAAUCAGUAUACCACCGCUUUCUCCUAAUUACCAAUUCGUUUCCUUUAAAAUAAUGGAACGAGCUCAAAAUGCUCAUGCUCAAGUUAAUGCAGCAUUUUUAUAUAAUUUUGACCCCCAUGACGAACAAACGGUUUUAUCUGCCCGAAUUGUCUUCGGUGGACUCUCAGCAAAAUUUGUUCAUGCUAAAGAAACUGAAAAAUUCCUAUUAAGAAAGAAAAUAUUUGAAAACAAUAUACUACAGGAAGCACUCCAGAUAUUAAACAAUGAAUUAGUCGUUGAAGAGAUUCCAGGAGAGCUUACACCAAGCUAUAGAAAAAAGACUGCACUUGGCCUCUUCUACAAGGGCUUAUUGAAUUUAAUACCCCAGAACCAAUUAAAACCUUGGUAUCGAUCAGGGUCUAGAGAUUACAGAAAGACUAGACCACUGUCAAAAGGAACCACAGUAUUCGAUACUAAUCCAAUAAUAUGGCCGAUCACUGAGCCAAUGCCUAAGCUGGAUGCUCUAGUACAAACUGCUGGUGAAGCAAAGUAUGUUAAUGAUCUACCAAGAGAUCCAAGAGAAGUAUUUUGUGCAUUUGUUACGUCUGACAUCUGCACAGGGGAAAUAGAAAGUAUUGACCCUUCUCCAGCAUUGGAAUUGCCAGGGGUUUUAGCUUUCUUUUCGGCCAAAGAUAUUCCAGGAAAUAAUAAUUUCUUAUCCCAAAAAGUACUUGGACAAUUUGUGCCGGAGGAGAUAUUUCCAGAAAAAGAAAUCAAAUACUAUGACCAAGCUAUAGGUGUAAUAGUGGCUGAAACUGAAAAACUUGCGAAUAGAGCGGCGUUGUUAGUUCGAACUAAAUAUAAAGUUCAUAAAAGAAAACCGAUAUUAAGCAUAUCGGAUGUGCAACAACGAGAUCCCAGUCGAAUUGUACUUUUCUUGGUAAUUCCUGCAAGAGGCAGAGGCCUUAAUGUCCAGAAAGUAAUCAAAGGAUCACAAGAUAUAUUCUGCCAGUAUCACUACAGUAUGGAAACUAUAUCUUGUAUAUCCAUCCCCAGUGAAGAUGGUAUCGACUUAUAUGCUAGUACCCAAUAUCUGGAUUCAGUCCAGGUUUCCGUCGCCGAAGCAUUGAAUAUACAACAGAAUAGAAUAAAUGUGAUUGUACCACGUAUGGGUGGUGCAUAUGGUUUGAAAAUAUUUCGCACCAAUCACGUGGCAUGUGUAAGUGCCCUUGUUACUUACUUGAUGAAUAGACCCUCUAGAUUUGUGCUGUCUAUUCAGGCUACUCUCAGAGUUGUUGGCAAGCGACCCCCAGUUAAAUCUGAGUAUGAGUUAGGUGUCAAUAAUUCAGGAGAAAUACAAUAUUUAGAAUAUCAUAUAUAUGAAAAUAAUGGUCACGUAACCUCGGAUGCAGUUGCGUUAUUCAUUCCAACGUCUCUUAAGAAUUGUUAUGACAAUACUAGAUGGCAAUACAAGAUAUUCAAUGCGACAAGCGACACAGCUUCUAACACGUUUGCCAGAGCCCCAGGAAGUUUAGAAAGUAUUACAAUGACAGAAUAUAUAAUGGAGCGAAUAUCGUACGAGGUCAAUAUGGACCCUGUUCGAGUUCGUCGUAACAAUCUUAACCCGCAACAUCCGGAUGUUGCGGAGAUGGUUCAAACUUUACUCAAGGAUGCUGAAUAUGACAAACGAAAAGAAGAAGUAAACAAGUUCAAUGAAAUGAACAGGUGGAAGAAGCGUGGUUUGAGAAUCGCCUUGAUGAGUUACCCCAUCAGUGUUUUAACAUCUUACCACAUACUAAUAUCCGUCUACCACGGAGAUGGUACGGUUGUAAUUAAACAUGGCGGUGUCGAUAUGGGUCAAGGUAUAAAUACAAAAUUAAUUCAAAUUGUCGCAUAUACUCUCAACAUCUCAAUAGAUAAAGUGAAGGUUAAAACUGCAGACACUGCCUCAAUUCCCAAUAAUUUCACCUCUGGAGGAAGUCGUACCACUCAAAUAUUUUGUUUUGGAGCUAUCAAGUGCUGUCAAUUAUUAUUAGAUCGAUUAUCUGUAAUAAGAGAGGGUCUUAAUGACCCUACUUGGGAAGUAUUGAUAGAAACUGCAUACAACCAAGGCAUAAAUCUGCAAGUCAAUUACCAUGUAAACGGUAAUGAUCAACAGCCAUACAGAACAGGAGGUGCAGCUCUAGCUGAAGUUGAAUUAGAUAUAUUGACCGGAGAACAUGAAAUUCUAAGAGUCGAUAUAAUUGAAGAUGUUGGCAGCAGUAUAAACCCUGAACUUGAUAUCGGACAGAUCGAGGGUGCUUUUAUAAUGGGUGUCGGAUACUGGACUCACGAGCAUGUUAUAUAUGAUGAAAAUACUGGAGAGGUUCUAACAGAUCGUACCUGGUAUUACAAAGUACCGCUUUGCAAAGAUAUUCCAUUGGACAUCAGAAUACAACUGAGAAGAAAUUCGUAUAAUCCCCUAGGUGUCGUAGGCUCUAAAGGCGUAUCUGAACCGCCUAUGUGUUUAGCAAUCUGUGUUGCAUUUGCUUUAAGAGAAGCUAUAGCAGCAUCACGCGAGAAUUCAGGACGCCCCAGAACCGAAUGGUUUGAUGUCGAUGGUCCCUAUACCUUAGAGAACAACGUCUUGAAAUCAGAUGUUCGCCUAGAUGAAUUUCUAUAUAACUGAUAGUUGUAAUUUUAAUGAAUUUUUGUUUUUAUGAUAAUAAUAAAUAGUAAAUAGAAACAGUAAAACCAUAUUACAUUAUUUAUUGAGUGCAUACUGGAAAGGUGACCUAUGACAUGAAAAAUUACGUAAGUAGUAAUGAGAUAAACAAAAGUAAUAUUAAUAUUAAACCUAGACUAUUCACACAGCAUUAUUUAGUCCCAAGCUAAACAGAGCUUGCGUUAUGGGUAGAUACUAGACAACUGAUAUAAAUACUUAGAUACAUUUUUAUAUAAAUACAUAGAAAAUACCGAGACCAAUAAAAACAAUCAUACUAAACCGCUAGACCAAAGUAUCUAGUAAUUAUUUGGGUGCACACUAGAGACGCAUAUGUUUUAUCUAGCAAGUCCUAUUA